AUUUUCAAGUUAGAAUUGUGUUCUAAAUUGCAGAUCCAAAUAAUUGUUUGAGAUAAGCCCCCUAAUUUUUUAAAGAAACGAAAAGAAGCCUAUUAAUGACACUAAACGUCAUUUUGACAUUUUUUGACUGAUCCUCGUAUUUCGUAUUCAUUUCAUGUCUUGUGACGUGUCUUUGCGUGGCACUUGCGGUAAAUUUUGAUUGUUGUAAAUGUAGUUUAGUGGGGAAACCUUAUCCUUUUUGAUGUAAGAGGUGGCGGAGAUAAGUUAAUCUAACAUACGUUGACUGUUUAGUAACUCAUAAACACAAUAUAAAAUUACAAAAAAAAAUGGUAAAACCUGUAAGAAAAUCAAGUACUAAAAAUCCACCUAUUUUGAGUCAUGAAUUCAUCAUUCAGAAUCAUGCAGACAUCGUAUCAUGCGUUGCUAUGGUUUUUGUGGUCGGGCUUAUGGUCCAAGCUACAACUCCAAUUGCUUCAUUGUUCAUAACACUGCAACAUAAUGUAACACAAGCUGGUGAGAUUCCAUUAUACAGUCCUGGAGUAAAAGAUUGGGCUUGUGUAUUUUUUUACAGCUUAAUAUGUAUUGUAAUACAUGCUAUUAUUCAAGAGUAUGUUCUUGAUAAAGUUUCCAAAAAAUUACACCUCUCCAAAUCAAAAUUGGCAGUUUUUACCACUAGUGGUCAACUGUCAGUAUUCUACUUAGUAUCUGCAUUGUGGGGUUUAGACAUCAUUGUAAAAGAAAACUUCGCAUUUGACAUUGCCAGAUUGUGGGUGGACUAUCCAUCACCCAUGCCAUUUUUGACUAAAUUGUACAUCAUUGUUCAGUUAGCUUAUAAUCUCCAUGAGAUUCCAGAGUUGUACUUCCAAAAAACUAAAAAAGAAGAAUACAUUGGGAAGGCUACUCAAAGUAUUGCAGCUGUAGCACUCAUCUAUGUACCUUAUUUCUUAAACUUUAAUAAGUUGUUGGUUUCCCUAUUGGUUCUACACCACAUAUCAGAACUGUUCUACCACAUUUUCCAACUCAUCCAAACUGUAGAUAAGGAUGAAAAGUUCACAAAAGGAACUACAUUGAUUUCCAACAUUUUGCAACUUUCUGCCCGACUUGGUAGCAUUAUUUUGGCCAUUUUGACCUUGUAUUAUGGAUUAGCUCAAGGUGAACAACGUGAGCUUGAUCUACAAGCUGGCUACUUCAAUACUUCUGUUGUCAGACUUGCUGUUUUGGCUGGAAUCUUGAUACUCCAAAUGUAUUUAACUUUCAAUGUCAUCCACCAAGAGAUUGCCAGAUCAAGGGAAAGCAAAGUAGCAGCUGUAGUUACCAAAUCCAAGACUCAAAAGAAAGAAAAAUCCAAGAAAAGCAAAAAAACUGAAGAAUCCGACUUACCAGAAGUAGAUCAAAACACAAACAAGACUUUGAAGAAACAAAAAGUGAAAUAA